AUGACGGGAGGAUCAAAAUUCGAGGUCUCGAAAUUUGAUGGUCAUGGCAAUUUCGGAUUAUGGCAGACGAGAGUAAAAGAUUUAUUGGCGCAACAAGGAAUUCAGAAAAGGCUGCGCGCAGAAAAUCCAAAGGGGAUGGAAGACGAUGAUUGGCAAGAUCUGCAGGAACGGGCGGCCGGGACGAUUCAGUUGUGCCUUGCAGAUGAAGUUAUGUAUCACGUUAUGCAUCUCAAAUCGGCGGAUGAGAUCUGGAAGAAACUGGAAUCGCAGUUUAUGUCGAAAACCCUAACGACAAAACUGUAUCUAAAGCAAAGGUUAUACGGGCUGAAGAUGCAGGAGGGGACCGAUUUAGGGCAACAUGUGAAUAUCUUCAAUCAGGUUUUCACGGAUUUGGCUUCACUCGAAGUCAAGAUUGAAGAUGAAGAUAAGGCGAUGAUCUUACUGUGUUCGUUACCUCCUUCUUACGAACAUAUGGUGACUACCCUUACAUAUGGGAAAGAAACGAUCAAGACUGAGGAGAUUACUUCAGCGUUGUUGGCUCACAACCAGCGGAAACAGAAAUCUGGAGAGUCAUCUUCUCAAAGUGACAGCUUAUAUGUGAAGGGUAACCAGGAUCGUGGAAGAAGACAUGGGCGAGAUAAUUCAGGAAAUCGGAAUUUCAGAUCCAAGUCACGAGACAAAUCGCAAGGGAGGAAAACUGUGACGUGUUAUAAGUGCAAGGAACAAAGGGCACUUUAA